AUGAAGGAUUUGAGAAAAUGUAAUCUAAACAGAAACAGAACGAUAACUUCUUGGCAAAGAAAAUGUGGGGCUAAACUCUCUUCUGUAAUUCUUAAUGGAGAAUGGCAUUGGAGACCAGCCAGAUCUGAUGCUCUGGUUGAAAUCCAAGCUAGGCUUCCUGAGAUUAGGUUUGCUCCUUAUGAUAAGCCUGUGUGGACUGCAUCUAGGAAGGGAAUAUUUGUUAGUUCAGAAACUUGGGAAUUGCUGAGAGAGAAGAAAGAGGAAAUUGCCUGGUGGAAAUUGGUUUGGUUCUCAUAUGCCAUUCCCAAGCAUGCUUUUAUUUUGUGGCUUGCUAUACAAGAUAGACUUGUAACAGGUGAAAGGUUGCUUAAAUGGGGGUUUCAAGGUGAUAUUAAGUGUCUGUUUUGUCAUAAUCAAGUUGAAAGUAGGGGGCAUUUGUUCUUUGAAUGCAGUUUUAGCUAUAGAAUCUGGAAAUUUUGUAUGGCUCGAUGUGGAGUGGACAAUGUUCCAGUUAUUUGGGAUGAGUUUCUGCAUAAAGGAAUUCAAGAGAGGAUGAAUAAGUCUCUUAAAGGUUUUCUUUGCAGAUUGGUUCUAGGCUCUGUUAUCUACAAUUUAUGGUGCACUAGGAAUGAGCUAAUGCAUUCUGGUCAACCUAACACUGAGGAGCAGCUUUUGAAGAAGAUAAUUUGGGAGGUGAGGUCAAGAAUUGCUGGGAAGGGAAAGUUCCCAAGAACUAGAGAGAACCUGGAUUUAGCUUCUUUGUGGAAUCUGCAUGCUGACUUGCUGUUAUAG